AUAUAAACGGGCAGUGCAUUGGCAUUAUCGAAUGCAGUGUGAGCUCGAAACAGGACGCAACAUGUCGGGUCAACGAGUCGCUCUUUUCGUCACUUUUUUCCUCGUCUCGGCGAUUAACGUCGAGGCUUUCAUCAGCGGCAAGGUUACGCAAUGCCCCGCAUUCCGGCUCAGUUCCAUUUUGACUAGCCAUUCUUCAAAGUAUCACCUACCAGUCCAAUCAGGAUAUCACAUUGGAUCGCAAAAGUCCAGCCAUGAGGAGAGGAUCGUCGGUGGCCAGGAAACGACUCCCAACGAAUUUCCUUUCAUGGCUUAUCUGGAAGUGAAUUUCUGGAACGGCGACAUUGCCAAAUGCGGUGGAACCCUGAUCAGCAACCGCUGGAUCUUAACGGCCGCUCACUGCACUGUUGGAGCCGUCAAAGUGGCCAUCACUUUGGGAGCCCAUGACGUCAAUCCCGGCAGCAGCGACCAACACCAAGUAACGUACACUUUGGAAGGGGCAGACGCUCAGUCGAUCAAUUAUCCUGGAUGGUACAUUGGCAAAGUUGAGGACGACAUUUCACUCAUCAAAUUGCCGCAAGACAUUCCUCUCAACCAAUGGAUCCGACCAUCAGCAUUACCUUACUCUGACGACCCUAAACAAGUUGGCGAUCCAGUUGUCUUGACUGGAUGGGGAAAUUUCUCUAGCACUCCUGACAGCGGAUUGAGUCCCACCCUCCGCCAAGUUGACACCACAGUCAUUCCAUACACCACCUGUCAACAGAAUGCCGGAGUCGGAUCCUUUUCAGAUGAGAAAAUCAUCUGCGGUGAUGGAUCGCAAGGACGUCGUUAUUGUUACGGAGAUGAUGGCGGACCAAUGAAUGAUUACCGAGAAGACGAACAGGAAUGGUUCGUCAUUGGUGUUGCCUGGUUCGGAGAAAAGACCAUCGAUUGCCAGAGUUCGGCUAAACCCAAUCUGUACGCUCGCGUCAGCCACUACGUCGAUUGGAUUUACAAUCAAACUGGAAUCCCGCCAAGACAGAGGCCGACAACGACCACUACAACUACCACCACUACAACUACCACCACUACAACUACCACCACUAGACCUCCAACGACAACUACUAUAAGAACAACAACAACCGAAGAUCCAAACGUUUUUAGUUGCAAGAAUAGGGAAAAUGGACUUUAUCCAUAUCCUGAUCUGGAAUGCACCAAAUACUUUUACUAUUGCUCUAAUGGAAUGGCUUAUCUUUACGAUUGUCCCGUUGCUGGUACCAUCUUUUACUAUGCAAUGUGCAAUUGUGAAUUUCCUGGAAACGUUCCCGGCUGCGAGGACUACACUGGGGAGCCGUAAAUGGUCACUCCAACGAUGAAGUUUUGAAGAUUUGAUGGAAAAAACAGAGUUACAUGUAAUCAUAAUUAAAUCAUCUGCGUUAUGUAAUCGUCUUGAACCCCCUCUAAAUAAACUAUUGGCGAUUGA